UGAACAAGAAGAUCCCAGAGAAGAGUCCAGUCUCCUCUGAAAUCAAGACCAAGAGUGCCAAGAAUCUCUAAAAGAGGAAGAAUAUAAAAAGUUACGGGACCUUCUAAAGCAGAGAGACAAUGAAAUCAAUAUUCUGGUCAAUAUGCUGAAAAAGGAGAAGAAGAAAACCCAGGAUGCUCUCCACUUACCUAGUGCGGAUAGAAGUGAAAUCAAACUCCCCCAGAGCUUACCCUUCCCACGUGGGAACCUGGGUGAAAAGACAUUGCUAUCCUCGGUCCCCAUACAGGCCCAGGACUUCAGUACUUCCAGGAACAGAUCCAGUUUGCUCCACAAUAAAACAGGGAUGAGAGAAGAAAUGUCAUUAGGACGCCAGGAGGCUUUUGAAAUCUUCAAGAGGGAUCAUGCUGACAGUGUUACCAUUGAUGACAACAAACAGAUUCUGAAACAGAGAUUUUCUGAAGCAAAGGCCCUAGGAGAAAGUAUUAAUGAAGCAAGAAGUAAAAUUGGGCACCUGAAGGAAGAGAUCACCCAGCGGUCCAUACAGCAAGUAGCUCUAGGAAUCUCAGAAAGCAUGGCUGUGCCCAAAGUGCCGGACCUACAGGAAGAGAAACUGCGAUCACAACUGGAGGAAGAAAAGAGGAGGUACAAAACAAUGUUCACACGCCUAAAAGCCCUGAAGGUGGAGAUUGAGCACUUGCAGCUGCUCAUGGACAAGGCCAAGGUGAAGCUGCAGAAAGAGUUUGAAGCCUGGUGGGCAGAGGAGGCCACUAACCUGCAGGCAAAUUCUCCAGCAGUGAACACACCAGGUCACAUGAAGCCCUUUCCCCACUCAUCUGAAUCCCAGCAGGACCGGUCCCAGCUGCUCUCCAACAAAAGUUCUCAAGGCUGGAAAGUCCAAGAUAAAGGUGCUGGCAGAUUCCAUGUCUGUGACGGGAAUGCCAGGAAAAUCCUGCCCUCACCUUGCCCCAGCCCUCACAGCCGGGAACAGAGCAGCAUCGGUGCCCAGCCAGAAGGCAGCAUCUCCGAGAGGCCGGUAUCAACCAUCCCUCUCACCGGGGACAGACAGACAGAUUCAGACAUCCUGGCGUUCAUCAAGGCCAGACAGAACAUUCUGCAGAAGAAAUGUCUGGGAGGCAACUGACAGCAUCCAGCCAGGCACUGCUGCAAAAAGGAAGUGCAAUGAAGGCACCGCCCCUCACUUCCAGCUUCAGAAGUGAC